AUGGAUAUGUGUGACAACCCCUCAGAGGCCUCUUCUCGUGCCGCGUCGUAUGGCACCCCGCAACCAGCACUUACAAGAAAGGCCCACCGGAAGUCCAAGAACGGAUGUCUUGUCUGUAAGAAGCGAAGGAUCAAGUGCGAUGAGACUCAUCCAGAAUGCGGAAACUGCACUAGGCACUCAUCGAUCUGCGAAUACCCGCCUCUCAAAACAAGCCCUGUAUCUCAAAAUGGAAAUCUCGCUUCAAAGCGCCCUCUUGAAAUCAACUUGGUAGAUCUAGAAUUGCUGCACCACUUCACCACAGUGACAGCUGCGACACUGCAUAAUGAUCCAAGCGUCCAAAGGCUUUGGAGUACAACCGUCCCCCAACUUGGCUACAAGCAUGACUUUGUGAUGCAUGGGAUUCUGGCUAUCUCUGCGCUUCAUAUAGGCUACUACUACCCAGAAAGAAAAGAAUACUGCACUAAGCAAGCCGGUCUACAUCACAAAUCCAGCUUAGCAAAAGCCACUCCCGCACUCAGCGAUGUCAACGAAAAAAGUGCGGCCGAGUUAUAUAUUUUCUCGGUGCUAACAUGUCUCUAUACGUAUGCUACGCUAAAUGACACCGAUGAUUCCGUGUCAGAGGGACCAUACGGCCUCGCGCAGUAUAUAUCGGUGUCUCGGCAGAGCGACUCCAUUGCCCGUAUGGUGAAUGACUCGCUGCGAGCCGGUCCGCUGGGAGUUUUACUCUCAUCGGAUCGAAGGUGGCGGUGGUGUGAACAAGUCUCGCAUGACACACUCUCAGGUGUUCGGGAACUGCGAGAGUUGUCAGCCGUCAUCAACCAGCGACAUUCCGAUCCUCGGAUCAAGGAAGCCUACCAAAAAGCCAUUGACGACUUUCUCAUUAUGUUCCACGCCAUCUCUGCCAUGUCACCAGAGAUGCGCGAGGCGUCCGACGUCUUUGUAUGGCCGUCCAGGCUGACAGACGAGUACCUGGAGCUUCUCCGGCAGCCGACGCAGGAAGCGCUUGUGAUACUCGCCUACUUCGCUGUUCUUCCUGAGCAGAUAGACAGUACAUGGUGGCUUGAAGGAUUUGGACGGCGUUUGUUCCGGAAGAUCCAUCAAUUGAUUCAGAAUGAUUACUUGCCAUGGAUACAGUGGCCGCUUCGGGAAAUUGAGAGGAGUCCAGGUGAGCGAAGCCGGAGUCAAGCAACCUGCAGUACAUAG